UCGAAUGGAAUCAAAUUCUUGAAAAGAGAAAAAAGAAAAAACAGAGGAUGGGAAAGAAAGCCGUUCUAAUAGGAUGCAAUUACCCAGGAACCAAUGCAGAGCUGAAGGGAUGCAUGAACGACGUUAAACGGAUGCAUGAGUGUCUGAUCCAGCAUUUUGGAUUCUCCGAGGAUGACAUCAGCAUCCUACUCGACACCGAUGACUCCUUCACCGAACCCACCGGCAAGAAUAUACGCUCCGCCCUUGCCCGUCUGGUCGGAUCCGCCCAUCCAGGCGACAUUCUCUUCGUCCACUACAGUGGCCACGGCACCCGCCUUCCUGCAGAGACCGGGGACGACGACGACACUGGCUACGACGAGUGCAUUGUUCCCACCGAUAUGAACCUUAUCACCGAUAACGAUUUCAGGGAGCUGGUAGAUCGGGUUCCGGAGCGAUGCCGCUUCACAAUCGUAUCAGAUUCCUGCCACAGCGGCGGUCUCAUCGAUGAUGCGGAGGAGCAAAUAGGAGAGAGCACCAACGCCAAGCACGACAAUGAAGAAGAAGAAAACACCUCCCGUUUUGGUUUCAGAAACUUCAUUGACCAAAGCGUAGAAGGCGCCUUAGAAACUCACGGGAUCCACGUCCCGUCGGCAUUCCAACACGGCCGCGAGGACGACGCUGCCGCCACCGCUGCCGCUCAACCGAGAGAACUAGAGCUUUCCAACGGGGAGCGAGUGAACGUCAAAAGCAGAUCCUUACCCCUCCCCACUCUCAUAGACAUCCUGAAGCAGAAAACUGGGAAAGAUGACAUGGACGUUGGGAAGCUGCGGCCGACGCUGUUCGACGUGUUCGGCGAAGACGCGAGCCCGAAGGUGAAGAAGUUCAUGAAGGUGAUCAUGGAGAAGCUGGAAAGUGGGCAAUCUGGAGGAGGAGGAGGGUUGUUGGGAAUGGUUGGGGGUUUGGCUCAGGAAUUUCUGAAACAGAAGCUGCAAGAGAAUGAAGGGUACGUGAAGCCUGCGUUGGAGACUCAAGUGGGCACGAAAAAUGAAGUGUAUGCAGGAUCGGCCAAGCGGGCGCUUCCUGAUGGUGGGAUUCUGAUCAGUGGCUGCCAAACGGACCAAACCUCGGCCGAUGCCACUCCCUUGGGGAAUGCUGCUGCCUCCUAUGGAGCCCUCAGCAAUGCAAUUCAGACCAUUCUUGCCGAAUCCGAUGGCUCAGUUACCAACCGGGAGCUCGUUCUUGCGGCUCGGGAGAAGCUCAAGCGCCAAGGCUUCACUCAGCGGCCUGGUCUCUACUGCAGUGAUCGUCAUGCUCACGCUCCUUUCGUUUUCUGACUCUGAAUUGCGCUACUGGAAUCAUAAGCUUUAAUCACGUUUUUGAAAUAAAUAGUUACAAAACUUUUGAAGUUUCC